AUAAAAUUAUGCCGAAAUGGCCGAUGAAGUGAUCGAGUAUAAGUUUAUUUGUCCUAAUAUCACUAUCUAUCGCGAAUCUUUGCAACAUCUCUACACAAGUUUUGCCAAAGGAUUAAAAUGCGUCUGGAAAACGAGAAAUACUUCAGGACAAACAUUUUUCUCAUGGGAAUUCGACUUGAAUGAGCUGAAAAAUCAGGGAAUCGAUGGUCUCAUGGGACGAAUAUCCGUCAAUUCUGAUUCAAUCGAUCUACUGAACGUCCAAAUCGAUUUGAAAAACUCGACUGAAAUUAUUGAAAGAGUUGUUCAUUUGUAUCAUAAUAAUUAUCAGUAUGGGUAUAAUUAUAUCCCCAGCGCGACCUUUGAGUAUUCCUUUGUUCCUUAUUACGCCCAAGCCGAAGGAUCCUUAUACGACCAAAUGUUCCUCCCAUCCCACGAGAACGAUGCAAUUUUGGUGAUUGGAAAGAAAAAGCUUCAUGUCUGCAAAGCUUUCCUCUCGUAUCAUUCAAGCUUUUUCCGUGCAAUUUUCUCGUCAACUUUCAAGGAAGGGCAAAUGAGUGAGAUUCCGAUCAAGGAUGUUACCUACAAGGAUUUCGCUCUGAUGCUGAGCACAAUCUACCCAGAUGCUGUUUUCCCAAAUGAUCGCACAGCGGAGAAGCUUCUUGAAAUGGGUGAUCGUUUCAUUAUUCAAUCCGUUAUCAACCACGUGGAAUAUCAUCUCCUUCACAACACGAAAAUUGGAAAUGAAAAGUUGAUGUGGAUGGCGGAUAGAUACGGAAUGUCAAAGCUUCUUGUGAAGUCAAUCCGUCAAAUGGAUUCUAUCGAAAAGGCCAAGGCUCUGAAAUCUUCUCCGGACUAUGCGAAAUUGUCGAAAGAGGCAAAGGAAAAGAUUCUCGAUCGACUCAUGGCUCUGAUUUAGAAGAAUAUAUUUUGAAUUUUUAUCCGCAUCCACGUUUUUUCGAUGUAUUUAUUAUUAUUGAAUGUUUAAUGUAGUUUUCUGUCAAA